AUGCAUUUACUUCAAAUUUUCAAUUUGGAUGAAAUUGAAGAUCUGACAAGUUCAACAAGUAAUUAUGACGCAUCGAAUCGUGAGCUUAUUACUUUUUCUUAUAUUUUAGCUCUCAUUUUUGUUAUUAUUCUAGAAGAAGCUGAACCAGCAGCCAAUGAAGUUGUUCCCGCUUGUUUACCAACACCGAAUUCUGCGUUCUAUGAGUUUCCACAAAUGUUUCGCAAAGAUAUUGUGCUACUUGUUGAAACGUGCUACAAAUACUUGAGAGGAAAGUCCAAUGGUUCUAAAACUUGUCGAAUGCGUAUGCCACGUAUGCUCGUGAAGACUUACAACAUCGAUCCAUAUACAGGUCAGAGAACUAUGCGUCGAUCACAUCCAUGGAUCAACAACUUCAAUGAAUGGAUCAUAAGUGCUUGCCGAUCCAAUAUGGCUAUAAAAUUUAUCUGGACUGGGAACGAUGCUAAAGCUCUAGUGUAUUAUAUAACUGAUUAUAUAACGAAAUCAAGUCUGGCUUUCUACAAUAUGUUUGCUUUUGUACAACAAGGAAUCAACUCUAUUGAGUAG